UGCGAAAUGCACUUCGCGUGUCGGGAUUCUAAUAUACGCAACGUGCGCCAUACGCACACCCCCGUGCUUGAGAAAGAGAGAGAGAGGCUAAGAGCAGCAAUCAGCAGCAGCGCGGAUGGAGAACGGGAAUGUCGUCGUCUGCGACAAUGGCACGGGCUAUGUGAAAUGUGGUUUUGCGGGUGAGAACUUUCCCACCUCUGUAUUCCCAUGUGUGGUGGGAAGGCCCAUGCUACGUUAUGAAGAAUCACUCACAGAACAGACGUUGAAGGAUGUUGUUGUGGGAGAAGCAUGUGCCGACUUGCGGCAUCAUCUGGAUAUAUCUUAUCCUGUUAACAAUGGAAUUGUGCAGAACUGGGAUGAUAUGGGCUAUGUCUGGGACCAUGCAUUUUUCAAUGAAUUGAAAAUAGACCCAACAGAAUGUAAGAUUUUACUCACAGACCCGCCUCUCAAUCCUUCAAAAAACCGUGAAAAAAUGAUCGAGACCAUGUUUGAGAAGUACAACUUCACCGGCGUCUUCAUUCAAAUCCAAGCUGUUCUGACAUUGUAUGCUCAAGGAUUGCUAACAGGCCUUGUUAUUGACUCCGGAGAUGGCGUCACCCAUGUGGUGCCAGUUGUUGAUGGCUACUCAUUCCCGCAUCUAACUAAGCGAAUGAAUGUGGCUGGCAGGCACAUAACUUCUUACCUUGUAGAUCUACUCCUAAGGAGAGGGUACGCGAUGAAUAGGACAUCGGAUUUUGAGACUGUUAGGGAAAUCAAAGAGAAGCUAUGUUAUAUCAGCUAUGAUUACAAACGCGAGUACCAAUUGGGGCUGGAGACUACGAUUCUUGUUAAAAAUUACACACUACCAGAUGGAAGGGUUAUUAAAGUUGGCACUGAGCGGUUCCAGGCUCCCGAGGCUCUUUUCACACCAGAACUCAUAGAUGUUGAAGGCGAUGGCAUGGCUGACAUGGUAUUUCGCUGCAUUCAGGAAAUGGAUAUCGACAACCGGAUGAUGCUCUACCAGCAUAUUGUUCUAAGCGGAGGGAGUACUAUGUAUCCCGGAUUGCCAAGUCGUUUGGAGAAAGAAAUACUUGACCGCUAUCUUGAUGUUGUCUUGAAGGGGAAUAAGGAUGGGCUGAAGAAACUACGGUUGCGGAUAGAGGACCCACCACGGAGAAAGCAUAUGGUCUACCUUGGCGGCGCAGUUCUUGCAGGAAUAAUGAAGGAUGCACCGGAGUUCUGGAUUAGCAGGCAAGAUUAUCAGGAAGAGGGAGUAGAGUGUUUAAGAAAGUGUGGCCAGGCAUGAUCAUUCAAAAUACAAUGACCUGCAAUGCAAGAUUACCCUAAUUGCCAAAAUCAUGAGCAAACUAUAUAUGAUUGGUUGGAGGCCAUGGCAGGGAAAGAUCCAUGAAUGAAAGGCCGUCGGAAACUGCAGGUGUGUCAAAGCUUGAAGUGUAUACCUCUGCAAAUGGUUGUUGUCUACCCAUUUUAAACCGUUGGAAAUCAUGCAAUGUUGUUGUCCAAUAUUAUAUUAGAUGAAAACCCAAAUGGUCAUACGAUGCUGAAUGGGGUAUUUAUAGUCAAGGACGUGUUUGGUUGCGCCAAAUAUCAUGAUAUUUGGUCCCAAAGUAUAAGAUGUAGAGGGAGAGGCUGCCAUUUGAUAACACUGAACCCCUUUGGCAUUUUGCCAAAUGUAGUUACAGAUUUGCCCGACUA